CACACUAGCAAACACGCUCGGCGCGGCCGCGCGCGUUGUGUACAAAAAGGCGCUCUUGACACCCACAUUUUACUGCCAACAACUCGGUCUGCACCGCCGAAGCACUGGUGAGCUGCGGAACCGCUUCUAUUUUGGGAGAGCAUCGACCACUGCUCAAACUCAUAUGCGCAGCCGAGGCGCAUUCCUCCUCAAACUCAUGACGACGACCGCCGCAGCAUUGUCCCCGGACCUCGCGCCCGCCUACGCGCGAGCCCUGGGCCAGGCCUCGGGCAUCGACGGCGCGGUCGCGAUCACGAGCGGCUCCGACGUCCACGUCGCCGUGACGCGGAGCCUGCCCGACGUCGAGGCGAACAAGAAACGACGCCAGACGUUGCGGUAUCGCCUAGAUAAGGACAGUUCAUUGAGAAGAGCCGGCGAGCUCGCGGACGACCCCGAGAGCGUCGUCGGGCGGUGCCGCGCGGCUUCUGGAAAAUUAGCGGUCUUCUCAAAGACCGACGACGGUUCCGUCGUCGAGAUCUACGAGGAGGACGUGCUGGUCCAGCGCAUCCAGCUGGACAAGAAAAAAGUCGGCAAAUUGCUGAUUGGCGACGCGAUGGUGGGCGGUAUGUCGUGGUCGGCCGACGAAGCUCUAUUGGCCUUCGUCGCCGACGCCCCGUUACCGGAUCAGAAGGAGGCCUUCGAUGGCCAGUUCCGCUUCCGCGAGGAGCUCGGCGAGAAAUACGUGCCGCGGCGGCGCUGGGGUGCCUUCGAGUUGGGCCGCGUCGAUGGCGUCGAGGCGUCCCGCACGCGCGUCCAUCUGUGUCACCGCAUCGACGCCAUCGCACGCAGGUCGGCGUCGCGGCGCCGCGCGUCUACGUCAUUGAUUUACUCGAGGAUACUCUGGAAGUCGUCGAGCCCCCGCCGGACGGGGUCUACGAGGGCCAGCCGGCCUUCUCGCCGGUCCAGCCGCGGCAGUUGGCCACGGUCGUGUGGACGUCGCAAUAUAGGAAGCUGGGGCUGAUUUAUUGCUUCAACCGGCCGUCGGCGAUUUAUCUGAGAGAUCUCGACGAGGACGUCGCGGAGCGGUUGUGCGGCGACGCCGUCCAGCGGUCGCCACGGUGGAAUGGAGAUGGGUCGCGCCUCGCGUUCUUAGCGUCCGCGGAGCAAUUCGAGACGCACGACGGCGCCGUCGAGUUGAAGGUCUGGAGCGCGGGCACGGUCGACGUCGUCGUCGAGGCGCCAUUGAACCCGGACUAUCGACAGGAGUGCCCGGGGCUGUGGGCCUGCCCGAAGCUCCUGGAGGACUGCUGGAGCGGCGACACGCUCGUCGUGAACUCGCUCUGGGGCUCGGCGCCGUCGGUGCUGCUGGUGGACACGAAGGACAAGUCAAUAACGCGCGUCGGCGACGCGGACAACGCCCACGCCGCGCUCUGCGUCGCGGAUGGCAUAGCGGUCGUGCACACGACCGCGCCCGAGGUCGCCGCCGGCGCCUUAUUAACGGUCGACGUCAAAACUGGAGACAUCCUCGCGUCGACCGCCGCGCCGCCGCUCGGCGUCGUCUCCAAGACCCUGGCGACCUUCGACGCCGCGCCGGCACCUCUGAAAUGCGACGUCAUCCGCGUCGACGCCUUCGAGGCGUUACUAUUACGGGAGGAGGGUGCCGAGAAGCGACCGCUGGUUGUUAGUGUGCAUGGCGGACCGCACUCGUGCACGCCUGUGUGGAAAUCAACCAGUGCAUCGGGUGCUCGCGCCGGCUCGGUCGAGCGGCGAGGAACCGGCAUGGCCACGCCAUCGAGCAGGCGUCGCAUCGAUGGCGUGGAGGUCGACGCGACGAUUCAGCACGAGCGCGCCGUAAAAUUUUGAUUUCCACACAGGUGCACGCCCACGUCCUAUUCGGCAGCUUUAGCUUUUUUGGCGUCACGGGGCUUCGCCGUGUUAUCCGUGAACUAUCGGGGGAGUACAGGCUUCGGCAAGGCUUUACUCUAUUCGCUGCCGGGCAACAUUGGGAGCCAGGACGUCGACGACUGCCUGAAAGCGAUAGAAGUGUGCUGCGCAACGCAUAACGUCGACCGCGACAAGAUAGCCGUCGUCGGCGGCUCGCACGGCGGCUUCUUGGGUGCACAUUUGAUUGCGCGUUCACCAAAAUUGUUCAAGGCUGCGGCGCUGCGGAACCCGGUCACCAAUCUAGGCGCCAUGGUCGGUAGUUCGGACAUUCCCGACUGGGUGGCCUGCGAAUGUGCAUCGUCGGGCACACCGCCGGGGCCGGAAGUACUGAAGAAGCUCUUCGCCAUGUCGCCUAUCUCCGGGAUCGAUGCCGUCGAGGCACCCGUCUUGUUAGCUCUUGGUCUGAAAGAUAGAAGGGUGCCGCCGUCGCAAGGGCUGGAGUACUACCACGCCCUGCAAGCGCGGGGCAAGGCCGCGCGGCUGCUGACCUAUCCUGAGGACGACCAUGCUUUAGAUACGCCGCGGACGUCGGCGGACCACUGGGUCGAGAUCGCGGCGUUCCUCGAGGAGCAGCUGGGUUAAAUUUAGUUGUCUUA